AUGCCUCUGCGUGUUGGUCAGAAGCGCAUGCGUGCGCGGAAGAUCUACCGUGGGAAAGAGCCCAAGCGCCUUAAGAAGCAAGGGCUUUCUGUUCAUGAAUUCUACAAGGCGAACGGCCUUCUCGCAAUGGUCAACCCCAAGAAGGCGUGCCAGCGAACAACAAAAGUGACAGAUCACUUUGUUGACAGUAGGUCUGCCAUGUAUCAGGACAGGAUGAAUCCUGCCCGAUGUGCAGCGCCACUACCCGAAGAGAAGCAGGAGAAAGUUGGAACUAUAGAAAACAAGGGGAUACGUUGCUCAAUAUACGAGGAGGUCAAGCGUGUGGCCAUGUUUCGGCCUUACAGAGAAUUUGUGGAGGCGGCUAUGGCCAAGUAUGGCGAAGACUACGCUGCAAUUGCAAGAGACAUCGAACUCAACGAUCUGCAGCACUCGGAAGGCGAAGUUAGGCAGCUAUUUGCGCGGUAUAAUGACUAUAAAAAGGGCUAUCAAGUUAAGCCUUGUUUGCGAACGCACGUUGAGUCCAUAACGAAAGCCUUGGAGAGCAACACCGACGCAGAUACCCUCGUCAAUAUUGAUGCACUUAUGGAUGCGAAGACCUCCCCAAGUCAGCUACGUGUUACUCAGUUGAAACACGAAUGGGCCCACAAGACGCAGCAGAUGAGCGUUGAUGAGGCCAUCUAUCAAGCACGACUCUUGGAGCGCAUGGCAAGCUAA